AUGUCUUCCAAUCCGCACGCCCCAGAAGCACUCCGUGAAGCUCUCACUGCUCUUGCAAAUGCACUACAUGACCAAAAGUACGCCCUUGUCGGUGGUAGUGCUUGUACGGCUCUAGGUUCUGAGCGAGCAACCACAGAUAUCGACUUCGUCGUUCCCCGGGGUCAGACCCCUGCCGUGAGAAAGUUGCUGCGAGACUCCCCUGACUUUGAGGUCGAAGCAAGGACAUAUCACACGUGGUACAGGGCUGCUGAACCUGUGGAGAUCGAGAUCCUCGCGCCACCUUCUUUAUUCCGGGAAAAAUUUGAUGAAACGACCGAAGUGAUCACAGUUAAGAACAUAAAGGUUCUAAAGCCGGCAUUGCUUUUGAAUGCAAAAUGCGGGUCUAUACUCAGUCGGGCCAGUGAAGCUAAGAAGAGAAGUGAUGCUCAAGAUAUCAUUUUCCUUCUUGGCUACUGCGCUGAACACCUUGAUCAGCUUCCAAGAGCUUCUGAGGUUCCAAAUGCCGGCAAAGUCUUCGUUGAAGCAUUCAUCCGAAAAUACAGUGGCCAGGAUUCUUGGGUUAGAGCUGGCUAUGACCUGCAGAAUGGCUGUUUUAUCAAAAGUUAG